UUUCAAUUCUCCAAUCUGGUCACACGCCGGCGAAUUUGUUUGGGUUUGUUUGCUAAAUAUUAUAUUCUGGACUUGGAUUCCGCGGAUCCGGAAUCCGCAUCCUCAUCCUGAUCCCGCUCCCCCCAAGAUGCGCCUGUGUCCACUUGCCGUGUUCCUCGGCAUUUUCCACAUGCUGCUGGCCUGCAAUCAUUGGGUUCUUCGCGAGGAGCAGAUCGUGUCCAAACUGGAUUCACCUUUUCACAUGCGGGAGCCGCAGAAUUUGGUGGCAUUUCUGGAGCAGAUUCGUUACAGUGAGUAUGUGGAGAGGUCCUACUUGGAUUUGCUGCGGAAGAGGGAGCAAAUCGUCGAGCACCUGCGCUUCUCCAUGCGUUUCGGCGAGGAUCUGGCGGAGCAGGCCAAGUGCGCCAUGGAUUACUAUAUGCUGGAGAAGCGGAUGUCCUACCUCAAAAUAACGCCAGAGCAGCUAAAGCGAAUCAACCUGCCGGAUCAGCGGCAGCUGCACAUUCAGAAGAGUGCCUCUGCCAUGGGAUUGGAGCCAAUCUGCAGUGAUUACCAUCGAUUGAGUGUGGGUCCCGCCACUUAUGAUCAUCUGGAGAGUUUUCGACCAGAGGUUUUGGCCGCUGCCUUUUUGGAGCGUGAACACGACACCAAUGUCGGAAUGGCCACGGUGGAGCUGACCCGCAAGUUCUCCGUCGAUGGAUUGCAGCAUCAUCCCAGUUCGUGGAAAUUUCACACGCUUAGCUCUUAUUACUGGCGAAUGCGGGGAAAUGCCCGUGAAGCUCUGCCCUGUGCCAGAAUAGCUGUCCUGCUGGCUCCGCCGAUAUUCAAGGAUAUACCUCUGCUGAGUCUGGGAACCAUUCUCUUCCGAAUGGGUAGAUUAGCCGACGCGGACCUAUUUUUAACCGCUGCCGUAGAACACGCCCCGCAUGUGGCCGAAAAUCAUGUGGUUUUGGCAUCGGCCUUGGCCAUGAAGCAUGACUUUAACCGAUCGCUGCAGCAUUUCGAUGAGGCGGAGCGUCUGGAUCCCAGCACAUUGCCGAGAACGCAACAGGUGCGCAAUUUCAUCAGUUGCCUGGAGAAUCUGACCAAGAAGACCUCGAAGAUGUACAGCUACGUGAAGUACAUGAAGAACGAGGUGAAGGAGUUCAAGAAGCUGAAGCAUCACAUCUCGCAGAAUCAUGAGCGCCUGAUCCAACAGCAAUUGCCAUUGGGAGCGAGACGAUUGCUCGGCUUGGAUGCGAAGACCAACAACGAUGAUCUCCAUCGAAGGGGUCAGUACUGCAGUACGCGAACUCCGAAUGGAUCCGAUGAGCCGGUGCUCUUUUGCGACUUCUAUUCGGACAUGCAGAUGCGGCUGGAGAGCAAAGAUGUCGAUAUCGAUGUGCUGGAGCGGGAUCUCAAGGCGAACACGGAUGCGGUCAUUCGGCAGGUGUCCACCGAGAUCCGAAAGCAGUUCAAUCUGGAGCAACUGAAGGCGGCCAAGGCACAAAUGCCCGCCAAGGCAACCAAGGCUACAUAGUAAUAGUAAAAAACCAUUCCCAACUCACCAACCAACCAAACACUGUGUCACAAACUAGCUUAUACUUUUGUAAUCUGUUCAUAUAGAAUUUAGGUCUGUGUGCCAGUGUCGUUUGUAUAUAUGUAAUAACCAAGAUACUGGAUAAGAAUUCAGGUAUAGCUUAAUCGGAGUUAGCAUUUAAGGCAGGGGAUGUUCGAGCAAAGGCUUUCAGUGUUGAGAAUUUUCAGAAUUUUCAAAUAUGAAAAUACCUUUUAUUCAAAUACAUUUUGAAUAAGGAAACUCUUAAUCAUUCUGUAAACGCUUACAAUAAUUAUAAAGUUCACAUUCUUUGGUUAUUACUAUUUACAUAUCUUAGCCUUUAAAUACUUGUGUUAGUCUUCAACUUUUGCCAAUUUACAUUUCAAUUUAGCUUAGGUUAAGCAGGAUAAUUUCGAUACGCUUAACAAUUUGACAAACUCGAUUAGUAUUAAGUUUAAUGAGUCUUCAGAAAAGUGCCGAAUUCGA